AUGACUGAGCUUCUUGAUCUUUGCUAUGAUGUUCUGAUCCGUAUCCUUGAAGAGAUCGAUCCACCUGAUCUUGCCGCCUGUGCUCAGACUUCCGUGGGGUUCAAUGAGUUCAUCAAGAAGAACACCAGGUUAUACAAAGCACACUACUUGAAAACUUUCGACGAUCCUCGUCAAAGACCUGCUGACCCCGAGCCUGACUGGGUGUUGGAGCUCCAGAAAGCUAUUCGAUGCCAGAAGAUACUCGAAUCAGCCAACAAUGACCUGAAGCGAGACGAGUUCAAAUUUGUUGCAACCACAGCCCUUUCGCUAGUCGCCACUGCCUCUACUGACAAACUUGGCGUAUCGUACAACCAGCAGGUAUUGUCAGAGCUUUUCGACUCAAUCAGGCAAAAUCAGGAUGCAUUUAUGAGCUGUUCAUCACUCUAUGCACGCACAGGGACAGCCUACCAAAAGCCUGCAGAUGAUGAAGAGGGUCGCCAGCUGAGCGCGAAGCUGCAAUGUCUGUUUGGCAUCACGUCGACGGCCGGAGGACGAAGGUCGCUCUCAACCCACCCGUAUGCAAGAUCCAACGUAUACGACCUACGCAACUACACCGACAAGACGCAAUGGGGCCCAUUCCGGGACGACGGGAGCAUGAGAAUUGACUGGGAGAUGAUUGAGAGCAUCAUGAUCGUGCUGGGUUACAGUUCCGGUCUUUGCUGUCGCCGCUUCCUCGCCAAAUUCAGGCCACCAUGGACUAACCCGUUCGAAGGUGUCGUCUCAGAGCGAGUGACGAUUAUGCCGCACUACCCCGCAUCACUGCCAGUGGAGCUGGACGUUCCACUGAAUCUGAGGGACCCGUACAACGUCUCGGGCGUCUGGUCACGUAUCGUAUGCUUCCUCGACUACAACGAUCUCUACCACUACAACUUCGAUGAAGAUGCCGUACGCUGGCCAUCCGAUAAGCCGCGAGACCCACUCACUACAGAAGAAGCGAUCCGACACAUCAUGAUGGACAUCAAGGUUACCGAUAUCAAACUCGCGGAUCAAUUCGAGAAUGGCGCACUCCCAAUUGUACAUUUCAGCGGCAAAUCGCGAUCUGUAGAAGCAUCCUGGGACCCCAACGCAAAUUCUGCGAUUCGAGGAUCCGUACGUCUCACACCGGAGGGCGAAGUGCGAUGGCAGACCAUCUCGGUGUUUAACGGCGGAGAAGAGAGAUGGCGCAGUGAUGGUGUCCAGAUUGGGGGACUGCGAUCUCAGCGCGGUGUUGUUGGGACUUGGUUCGACAAAGACUUUGAUCCGCAUGGACCGGCUGGACCGACUGCGUUCUGGAAGAUCUCUGAUCAGAAUCUAGCUGCGGAUGACGAUGAAGACGAACUGUUUUGA